CGGUACGCGUCUCCCGGAAGGAGACUUAGACUUGCAAUAUCUGCAAUCUGCAGAUUUGUUGGAAAAAGUAAACAAAUAAUCUGCAUAAUAUUAUUGGAGCCCCAUUAUAUUUGUUGAUCAAUGAGCAAGUAGACAUUAUUUUUUUUUAUUUUUUUUGUUUAAAAGGAAUGAAAGAUCAAUCUUGGAGAUGGGUUUUGGGUUUGGUUUAUAUAAUUACUGUUGCAUCUAUAUGGAUUGCUGCUAGUUUUGUUGUUCAAUCUGUUGUCGAUGCCGGUGUUUCACCUUUUCUUGUUACAUAUCUCUGCAAUUCUUUGUUCAUAGUAUAUAUUCCCUUUAUUGAAAUUGUUCAUUUUCUAGAGGAUAAAUAUGGUACCGUGUUGUUUUGGCGAAACAACAAAGAUAAUACCUCUGAUUCACCAGAAUCAGAGGAGGUUGUUCUUCUGGAUGAGACAAGCGAACAAAUUAUUGAUGAAAAUGUUGAUAUGGGUCUUGAUGCAAAAGGGCGUUGGACACGCUCUAGAGUAGCAAAAGUUAGCUUGUUGAUAUGCCCUUUUUGGUUUCUAGCUCAGCUUACAUUUAAUCUAUCACUCAAAUAUACAACUGUUACGUCGAAUACCAUCUUAAGCAGUUCCUCCAGCUUGUUUACUUUUUUGGUGUCUCUUGUAUUCUUGGGAGAAGUUUUUACUUGGGUGAAGCUGUUCAGUGUUCUACUUUGUAUGGGAGGAACAAUCAUUGUGAGCUUGGGUGACUCAAAAUCAGGGUCUAGCAAAGUGGCUUUGAAUCCCGUUCUUGGUGACAUUCUUUCUCUUGUCUCAGCUGCUAUGUAUGCUGUUUAUAUAACCCUUAUUCGUAAAAAGUUACCUGAUGAUGAUGGGAAAAGUGGUCAUGCUAGUAUGGCACAGUUUCUUGGAUAUUUGGGUUUAUUCAACAUGCUCAUAUUCUUACCCAUACCUCUUGUACUCAACUUUGCUAACCUUGAGCCAUUUAACACGCUCACUUGGAAGCAACUUGGCUUGAUAGUUGGUAAAGGUAUGUUUGAUAAUGUGCUGAGCGAUUUACUGUGGGCCAAGGCUAUUCUGUUGACCUCCACAACAGUAGCGACAGCAGGACUGACCAUUCAGGUUCCUCUAGCAGCAAUUGUGGAUUCACUGACAGGAAAUGCACCCCCCAUCAUGGAUUACAUUGGAGCUGCAGCUGUCAUGGUUGGUUUUGCAGGCAUUAACAUCCCUUCAGAUUCAUGUUCAGUACCAAAAGAAGCAAGCAUUGAACUAGAAAAUGGGAAAAUUCAGUCCACAGAACAGGAUCACCUAUCUCCCAGGUAGAUUGGAGAGCUCUUUUUGCACCACAGCGCCACUAGUUCAGGUGUAUCUUAGGUUAAACUAACUCUGUGCGGUCUUCCCUGUGCAUGUUGUGACACCCAAAUGUUCGGUCGGUACAGGUGUGUGCAGAUAACAAUUUGUAUACUUUGAAAUGUGUAUAACACUUGAUAUCGGUUGAUCUUUAUUACAUCUUAUAUUAUUUUUGUAGCUGAAAGCUUUAAAAUACUCUUGUUUGUUCAAACUAGAAUGUAUACCUAAACGAAUCCUUUUCCUUUCCAA